AUGGAAGAAAGAGUAUUUUUUGAUGAGAUGAUAGAAGAGUCAGAUGAUACAGAGGAAUUUCAAAAAAUGUAUCAAGAUGAAAUUGAGCAGGAAGCUGUGAAUUCUGAUGAUUUAGGGGAGCAAGAAUUUCAAGCAAUGUUUGAUGAGAACGAUUUUUCACAUCAGGUGGAUGAAGUAUAUCGAAUAGAUGAUAUUGAAAAUAUUGCCAUGGUUGAUUUUCUGAACAUGGGUGCUCAUGAGAUGGAAUGUUUUCAUUUUUUUAAUCUUCAGAUAGCAUUUGAUUUCUAUAACCAUUAUGUAAAAUCUGUUGGUUUUGGUGCUAGAAAAAGUAAGACUUGGAAAAAUAGCAAAGGAGAAUAUGUGAAGCGAUCGUUUGUGUGCUCUCGUGAGGGAUUUAGACCAGAGAAAUAUUAUAAUAUGAAAAACAGAAAAAGGGAGCUAAAAUCUGAGACUCGUUGUGGUUGCCUGACUAGGUUUGUAGUUUGUUUUGUGGCUUACACUGGAAGAUGGCAUAUGGUUUUGCUUGUUGAAUUGCACAAUCAUGAUUGCCUUGAUCUUAGGUUAGUAAUUGGUUUUCUUCCUACACAUAGAAAAAUGGCAGAAGCUGAUGCUAAUCAAAUGAACAACAUGAAAGAUGUAGGCAUUAGCACACUCCAUAUAUAUAUGUUAGCUAAUCAAGCAGAUGGUUAUGAGAAUGUUAAUUAUACCUUAAGGAAUAUGUAUAAUGAGAUUGCUAGGUGA